AUGGCGGAGGUGUUGGCGUUUGCGUACGGUUGGGUGAGCGGCAUUGUCGCCGUCGUCGUAUGGAUUCUCUACGGCAGUGCCGCACUGCCGCACCUCAUGUGGAGCGUCAAGAGCGUGUGUGCGCACAUUCCAGUUCUGUCCCUCCUCGUCGAGGGAAUGGCGGCGCAACCGCCUGGCAUGCAAGAUGGCGACGGCGCAUCGGCGUCGCCCCCAUUCUGUCGAUUUGAUGGCGCGGCUGUCGAUCAGAACUUGGAGGGCCUUCAAGGAAGCCCCAUGCGUGUGAAGCCAAUCACGGCGUCAGCGACGUGUAUGAUGAGCUGGUACAGACCAGAUGGAACUAUCGGCCCCCCGAUCGAGUGCCUGCUUUCACUGGAGAACAAUAUGGUCACCGUCUAUCAGCUUCUGCACUUGACAGACAGCAGCAGCGGUAUCAUGGCGUCUGGCUCGACAGGCUUCGGAAACGUUCACUCGAAGUCGAAGGAUGCGCGCCGCGAGUCCAAGUUUUUUCGUACCGCCACCGGUGUCAACGUGGUGGAGCAUCGCAAGGGCAAGGUGUACGUGCUGAACACCACCGUCAUGGAGGUGAGGCAGUUUAACGCCAGCAAAAAGACGGCGACAGCCGCGGCCGAUCAACUGAAACCAGGUACCGGUGAUCGCGGCGCCAGUGGAGCCAGCGCCGGCGAAGUCGCCUCUGCAAAGGCGUCUUCAAAGGCCCCGUCAUCGCCCGGCUUGCCGGGGUCAUUCAGCAGCGGCGGAUUUGCCAGCAGUGGUGCCCAGGUGACCGAGCACUGGGAGGGGACCCUGAAUGAAUCGAUGGCAUCCGCGAAGGGCUCGAUGAGCCGGCGGAGCGUAGCCGGAAGUGGUGCGGCAGUGUCCGGCGCUUCGGAGACCACGGCUGCGAAUUUGAUGGCUGGCAGUGGCGGCGCUGAUUCGGUUUUCACUGGGAGGGUACUUAUAUGGCGCACCGUGGAUGGUCGUCCGCUUUUCGACUCAGGCACGCCGCUGCCUCAGUCGUUUAGCAGCCGAACAGGCAACAGCACCUUCGCAGACAGCUGCGGCCACUCGGUGCCGUUCUCCACCUCCCGUUCACAUGGUGCUGGCGGAGCCUGCACACCCAGAAACGCCCGAUCGACGGAAAGAGUUGCUGGCCACAGCACCGACUCUUCCGACGCCGUGGAUGAUGGCGAAGAUUUCACUGUCGCCGACAGUGAGGGCGGCGACGCCGCUGCUGAGAGACGUCAACAGCAGGCCCACCGUGCUCGCUCUCAUCAUCAGCGGCGAUGGAUGAUGAACGACAUGGCGAGCUGGUCAUGCGUCAUUAUCAAGUUUGAGCGCUCGCGCGAGUGCGAACGGUGGCACACACUCUUGUCCGGGCUCAAGGAAGCAGAUGCGUGGCACAAAUACGCCAAGACCCUGCCCAACCCCGACACCAUCAACACGUUCCUCAGUCGCUUCUUCUUCCAAAACAUGCGCCUGGCCGCCUUCUCCGACACCCUGAUCGAGCUGAUUCGAAAGCAGCUGCGAAGCCUGCCGUUGAAGAAGUUUCCGCGCGACCUCGGCGGUGACCUCAUCCUCGACGACCUCCUCAUCGGGACGCAGAUUCCUUGGAUCAGCGACGUGUCGGAGCCAAGGGUGUCGGCCAACGGCGAGGUCGGCUUCGACUUCAACCUUUUCUACAAGGGUGGCGAGGAGGGUCUCUCGCUGUUCUUCCGACUAGCACUCACCUACUGCGGCAUCCGAAUCCCACACGUCGUCUUCUCUGUGAAGCUGUUGGAGCUAGAGGCAACCGUGCACGUCAGUAUCGGGCCGCCACCGUCGAAGACGUUCUGGGUUGGCGCCCACAAACCCCCGAUCAUCCGGCUCGAGGUGCACCAGGGCUGCGCCUCUGGGAAGGGCGUGCUGCACCGCAUACUGACCGCACUCCCAGACCUCAGCGGCAUCCUGACAAACUUCGUCAAGCUCUACCUCUUCUCCGACAUGGUGCUGCCGUACAUGGACGACUUCCCUCUCCCGAGCGUCGUGAAGUCACUAAAGGGCUCGUUCACCGACCUGCGCGUGCGUGCGUUUGACUGGCAACGUGCCGCGAAGAUCAGCGGCGCACCACACGGUGGCAGCUUCGCCAGCGGCGCCGGCAGCAACGACGGAAGCCCAGAAGGCAAGGCAGCGGAGAGGAGCAUAGAGCAGCAGGUCACCAGUGGCCACCGGAGCCAGCUGACUCCGUGGAAAUCGAGCGUCUGCAGCACAGCGACGACGCCGUUAUUUGCCUCUACAGGGCACGCGUCGAAGGGCGCCGUAGCCCCCGACAGCAGAGACUCUUUGCCGCCUGUAGUUCUCGACGGUCGAUCGGUGAGCAGCAGGCUGCAUGCUGGCGUCGGUGCGAAGUUUCCAGCACCCGCCUCGGGGGACAGCGACGGCAACACGGGCUCUUUUACGAGUAGCUGUGAUGCGAACGCAUCUCGCGGCGUUCGCUCUCCACUGAUCCCCGCUUUACACUCCAGCAGAUUAGGGUCGCAAGGGACCCGCGAUUCACCGACGCUGCCGCCAGGUCGUGCAGCUCCAGAUCGUGCAAGUGAUCAAACCUGGCUGUCUGCCACGCACCUGGGGAAUCGUUCCGGUUCAUGCAGCGCGUCGGUGUCGAGCAUUCCCAUGUCCACCUCUGCGAUGGACGACGGCCUCUUCUGCGACAACAACACCUGCAACAGCGAGUCCGACAAUGUCAUGAGCAGCGCAUCCAAGAAGCGCUCUGUCACCUCGGCUGCCAUGCGCAACCUGAAGAACCUGCUCAAGGUAAAGGGCAAAGACAUGACCCGCGAGUCUGUGUCGCGGUCAAAGAAAAAGAGCUGA